CAUUCAGCCCCCCUCCCGCCCAGGUCCAUCCUUCAUUAAGGGGAGCAGUCUGCCGCUGUUAAAACGUGGAGGGAAGGACACAGAGAGGGACGCCCGCCGCUGACUGCGCGGCUCCAUUGUUAGUCUGGUUAAAUUUACGGUUUUGUCGACAUAUUUAGUGCAUUUUACCUCCGUGCUGGACCUAGAGGGAGGGACUGUUUGUUUCUCCCGGAGUCUUCAGGAGCAGAGGCGGCGGUUGAAAGGACAUUAAGGUGUGAGAGGAACUGGCCAUUCAAGACGAGUGUGAGCAGCUAGACCCUACUUAACAGCAGCAACAUCAGUGUCCACACCUUAGGAGGAGGGGAUGAAACCGGAUGGGGUUACCAUGGAAACCACGGAGCCCACUGAAGCUGCAGAAGUAGCAGAGCCAUCUUCAUCGCAGGACAACUCAAUAGAGCAAGCAUCAUCUAAACCAGAUGAUGCUGCGACUGAUGCAGUGCCCGCGGCUGCUGCAAAAGCCAAUGGCAAGCCAGUGGCAGCAGAGCCCAAAGUCAAACUAAAAGCUGUUGCAACUAAAACACAGCCCACAGCCAAAUCUGUAGGGGCUUCUGGAUCCAACUCACGGCCAGGUACUGCCUCGCACCGUAUGAUGAAUAACGUCAAAUCCUCCAACAAUGUCUCUGCAGCUGCGGUCAAGAGAACGACAACAACAACUACAGCAAAAGCAUCAGCAGCGGGAGCUGUACCUAAAAGACCACUGGGUGCAGCAGCGGUUUCCACCACGGUCAGGAACCAAAAUCGAGUGCCUGAAAAGAAGUCUGUUGGACCUUCUGGGACUACCUCUGUUGCUGCUUCCACAGUAACAAAUGGUACCAAGCCAACAACAGUGAAUGGCACUAAGAGGAGACCAGUGGCUGAGACUGCUAAUGCAGCAAGACCCAAAACCAUACCUACUACCAGCAGACCAGUGGUGUCCACUGCCCCAAAAACCAGCACUUCGACUACAACAAAAGCCGGGAGUGCUGCUGUUUCAAAGACCACAAGGCCUGCUACAGCUCCCUCAACAGCUCGGCCUGCAUCCACCACAUCUAGGCCCACCACAGCUACAACCAAGUCCUCCACCACUGCAGUUGCCAAAACCACUGCCUCUAGAGUUACUACAGUACCCUCUACUGGCAGGACCACAGCAGCACAGCCUCCUAAAACUGCUGCUGCUAAAAAAGAUGUAAGUCGACCACCUUCUACUACAGUGGCUAAGAAACCUACAACAGCUACAACAUCAGCUGCACCCAAAAAAACGGAACCAUCGAAACCUGUGGCCACUGUAAAGCUCAAUGCUGCCUCCAAAUGGUCUGCAACAGCAAAGGCAACAGACCCCAAAGUGUCACAGUCCAAAACUCAACAGCCUGCAAAACCUCCCACAAAGAAACCUGUUGCUGCUGUUCGGUUCCCUGCCCUUAACAAACAACCCCUUGGCCGAACCCCACCUGCCUCUCCAGCCAGCAAACCUGCAAAUGGCAGCACCUCUCAGGCAAAACGUGGAACCAAACCCACUCAGGCUGUCCCACCUUUUACUGCUAUCAAGAAGACAGGGGUUUCAGAUGCUACCACACCUGCUACAGAAGCACAGAGUACUGCCGGUGCAGCAGUAGCAGUGGUAGUAGCUGCCACAGCAGCAGCUAUUCUCGCAGAAACACAAGCUGAGGCUACAGUGGCCUUACCACAAGGAUCAUUCCUUGCUGCCUCUGCACCAGAGGAGGUCCCUCCCCCACCCUUGGCACAGAAUACCCCACCAGAGGUGGUACCUCAAGAGCUUGCGCAAAGUCAUGCAGCUGCUCCCACUCCUCCAGAAAGCCCUGUCAGGACAGCUUUACCACAAACAUUUCCACCCCAAGAACAGCUAGAAAUCAGUGCUCCUUUACUAACAACGCAGGAGCAGAUCCCUGCCCCAGCUGAGCCCACAUUACCACCUGUGGCCUCCCCUCCAGGCCUAUCAGAAGAACCUGUUUACUUGCUAACAAACCAAACCCCCUCCACAUCUAAAACCCUCCCAGAAGUAGCAAAUGACAUCCCUCAGAUAGAUCCUCCCACCGAUCUAAAUGAGGAGGAUGAUGAAGAGGAGAGGGAGAGAAGCCAGCUGGUUUCUAUGUCUGAAAUGAGUGGGACCACACAGCCCACAGAAGAGUCCCAUCCUGGAUCAGUUGGACCAGUGGGCGGGUCUGCUUGGCGAGCCAGUGGCGCCUUGCUUUCUGAGCUGGACUCUGAAGAUGUAAGCGGCAGCCAGCAGGGUGCGUCUGAGUUUAGCACCCCUGGUGUAAUGGAGGGCACAGAGAGCAUGGAUGAUCUGGGAGAAGGUAGCCUCAAAGGAGCCAUUGACAUGGAAGGUGCCUCAGCAGGUUCCCCUGACUCUGAGAAGGUUCCUGACAUACCAGUUAAUGACUUUGAUGAGGAUGAAGAUGAGGAGGACGAUGACAAUGAUCGUGUGUGUGACAUGGAUGUGGGCUCAGAGCGGACAGAUGAGCUGCAGAGACCCAGGCAUGACAAUGAUGUGGAUGAUGAUGAGGAGGAUGAGGAUGUGGAGAUGGCUAGUGAGGGGGUGACAGAGAGUGGCCUGGAAAGCUAUGGGAAUGCAGAUGAGGAUGACUUUGCUGAGGAUGAAAGACUAGACAACUUGAACAGAGUGGCCCAGCCCCCUCCUCCCCCUCCUCUGCUGCCCUCUGCCCCAGCUGCUCAGUGGGACCAACCAAACCCCUUCGCUGAUCACUGGGCAGAACCUCUUCAGCCACAGCAGGUUCUUGAGCACAUCUCCCAGAUGGCAGGAGCAGCUGUAGCAAGUCCUUUGGGAGACCCCUGGCAAGCAGACUCUGAGACCCCAACUCAGACCCCAGCCCAAGCCUGGCUAGAACUAGGCUCUGCUCCUUUUGUUAAUGAAAACCAAGAAGCCCCCCAUCAUUCCUCUGUCAGAGAUGAGCCACAAAAUCUGCAGGCCCAAAUGUACUUGGAUCAGCCCUGCCCUGCCCCAAUGCAGACCCUGACCCCAGCUCCCCUCUCUGCCCCAGGAAUGUCUUUGUCAAGCACCCUGAGCAGUGAGACCAGCACACCUGAGGAACUUGGUGACUACAAUCGAGACGGGAAGCUCCAGCCUCAAGAUGCGCAAGUCCCACUGCUUUCUCCCCAGCAUGACAUGGACUACCAGGACCUGGGCAUCCACUUGGAGAGCGGAGACAGGGAAGGAGAGGAGGAGGCAGAGGCAGAGACCCUGCCGGCUGACGAAGUCCUUGGAGGCCCUGCAACUGCCCCCACUUCCAACCCUUCCUCAUCCUCCGUAACAGAAGACGAGGCCAGUGACACAGAGGGAGAAGCUCAGUUGGAUGAUUCUUUGGAGAAUCCAGCAGUCAGUCUCAUCACCUUUGACAGCCAGCCUUCAGCGCAGCACUGCCUGUCCACUGUGGAAGAGGGAGAGGAGGCUGAGAUGGAGGAGGCCGGCGCAGGUGAAGACACCACCCCACCUUCAGCUACCUCGUUGGCGUCUUACGGCUUUGACACCAUGACCACAGCUUCAAACUCCAACGCUCAGUCCACAGGGGAGAGCUGCAUCAAGAGCCCUGGCAUCUUCUCCCUGGAGGAGCUGCCUGAGGAGGCCAAGGAGCCCUGUCUCAUCCCACAGCCUCUCACCCAGCCAUGCCUCGCAGAGCAGCAGUACAUCGAGUGUGGGAAGCAGGGAGCAGAGUCAGCUGAGCUUGUCCACGAGGAAGCGCCGGGGUCAGAGGAAGACCCUUCAUCAACUCUGUACACUUUGCAGCAACCAGAGGAAAACCCAGAUGACAUCCAACCUCCCUACUAUUCUGCUAUCUGUGAAAAGACUGAGAACUCUUUCGCAGGCUUCACUGCACUACCGCACCAUCACCGCCGCGAUCACUCAGCAUACCCUAGAACCUACUGCGACAUCGUCAUACCUCAUGGCGCCUCUGUUACCCCACCGAAGCUGACCUGUGCUGACCUCCCACCCAGGAGCCCCGGGCAGCAGGCGUUGAGCCCACAGCUCCUCAGGCUGGAGCAACACCAGAGACAACUGCUGGAGCUGCAGCAACGCAGGGACCAACAGUGCAGACCACUGGAGGAGCAGCAACAACAGGAGCUGAAGCAAAGGCAGCAAAUCAUGCAGUGGCAGCAAGAGCUGCAACAAUCUAAUAAAGGUCAGACGGUGCUGUUGUCCCCCUCCUCUGGCCUUUGCACUAUCUAUGAAGCACUGGAGAAUAGUGAUGAAGGGGAGGCUGAAGAUGAAGAACAGGGAACAAAGAAGCUGAACCACACUGAAGAGAAUGAAGAGCUCAAGCAAGAGACGUCAAAUGAAGACAUUGACGAUGAUUGUGAAAGGGAGACGUCAGAUGAAGACAAACAUAGAGACUCUUCAUCUUCAACUGAGAUCCCGCCUCCUCACCAAGACUCCCCUCAGACACCCAGCAGCCCCUCCCAGGAUGGUGACAGCUCCUCCCCUUGCCCUCCCGAGUCUCCAGAGCGACCUCCACCCCUGGACCUGGAUUGGGGGAAGAAAGUGGACAUAGUCCAGCAGCUGAUCAAUCAGACUCUUCUGCUCAAUGGAGAUGGCUGCUCCUCCCUGCUGCUGAUGCCAGGGGGUGCAGGAGGCACACUCAGCCCCCUGGAGAGCAGCCUGUGGCCCAGCCUGCUGCCUCCACUCACCCCUCCCUCUGCCACCGUCACCUCUGUCAGUAGUUUCUCCCCAGAGGCCACUGGAAGCUCCCCACAGGGAGAGUGGACAGUGGUUGAGCUGGAGACACAUCACUGA